AAUGAGAUAUUUAGUCUUUCUGGUGUUAGUGAUAAGGAAUUUAGGUGUUGAUCCUUAAAAUGAUGAGAUUUUUGAUUGGCCAUAUUAUCCAAUUCACAACUUUAAAACGUAUAAUGGAUUCGUAGAUAUAUAUAAUGGAAAAUAGUAACAAAAAUGAAUAUUUUUGCAGAGUCAUCCACUAUAUUUUUAUGGAGAGUAUUACUAAUCCAGAGAAUAAACCUUUGAUUAUAUAAUUUGGAGGAGGACCAGGAUGUAGUAGUUUGGCUGGCCUUAUUUCAGGAAUAGGUCCUUAUGUUCGAAUCUGGGGUAGUGAUAAAAUGGAAUUAACAGAGAAUCCAUAUACAUUACAUAAAUUAGGGAAUGUUUUAUAUUUAGAUAUACCUGCAGGAGUUGGAUAUUCUGAACUUCAUGAUGAUGAUUACUAAUGGAGUGACACAAACACAGGCCUUGAUUCUUAUGAAAUAAUUAAAACAUGGUUAAAUGCAUUUCAAAAUUAUAAAGGGAGAGAUGUAUGGAUAAGUGGAGUUUCAUACUCAGGUAAUUAGUUUAUUUGAUGAAAGGUAUGUAUAUACCUUGCACAGCAGAAGUUAUAGUUAAGAAAAAUAAAUUAUUCCCACAAGAUAAAAUUAAUUUAAAAGGCAUUAUGGUUGGUAAUGGGGUUUUAGUAAAUGAAGAUGAAUUUAUAUUUAAAUGGAAUAGAGAAUAUUUGGUUAAAAGAAAUUUCUUAGAUUUAGUAACAUAAAAUAUUAUGCAAAUUUCAUGCACAAAAUAUCCAAAUUCAGCCAGUUGUUAAAGAGCUUUGGAAAGAGAAAAAAUUGUAAGAAAAAAUUUAAAUCCUUAUAAUGUUUAUGGGUACUGUUACGGAGAUUCAUCAAUCUAUCAUAAAAAUAAUUAAAGAAAUUUUAAAGAUGUAGAAGAUUAUUCUUGCAUAGAUGAUGGAAUCCUAAAUAAUUAUUUUAAUAAUCCUGAAGUAAAAUAAAAAUUAGGAAUUCCUGAGGAUAAAAAAUGGGAUUCCUGUAAUAUUGAGAUUUUCUUGAAUUAUAAAAGAGAUAAGCAUAGUCAUACUUUGAUGAAAUUUUUAUUUGAUAAUAAUAUUAGAAUAUUGUAAUAUUCAGGAAAUGCUGAUGAUAUUAUCAGUGUUGAUUAUACAUAUGCUGCAUUUAAAUUAAUUGAUGGCCUUACAUAAUUAUCAAGAAAGCCAUUUGCAAAUAAAUAGACAUAAUAAAUGGCAGGAUGGAUUGUUGAAUAUAAUUAUUUAACAUUUUAUAUUAUAAGAGGUGCAGGCCAUAUGGUUCCAACUGAUUAAAGAGCCAAUACAUUUUAAAUGUAUGAAGAAUUUUUAAAUAGAGAAUGAG